AUGUCAGGGUUUAGUAGGUUGAACAACAACAGCAACAUUAAUAGCACUAACAAUGGUGUUUCACCAAAUAAAAGAAACUUAUUUGGAAGUGCCACAGCGGCUAAUACAUCGACCAACAACAAUAACAGCUCUAAUAUGAAUUCCUCGAUCGUCAAGCAAGAACUAUUAGAAGAACAAAAACUAGAAAUAAGAGAAGCAUUUCAAUUGUUUGAUAUGAACGGGGAUGGAUGUUUGGAUUACCAUGAAUUAAAAGUGGCAUUCAGAGCUUUGGGGUUUGAUUUGACAAAACGUCAAGUCCUAGACAUCAUUCACGAAUAUGACACAGAUGAUACCAAUUUAAUAACUUACGAUAACUUUUAUAAAACAGUGGGUGAAAUGAUUAUAAAGAGAGAUCCAUUGGAAGAAAUCCGCCGGGCCUUUAGGUUGUUUGAUAUUGAUGGAACAGGGAAAAUAAGUGUCAGAAAUCUAAGAAAGAUAUCCAGAGAUUUAGGUGAAAACUUGAGUGAUGAGGAACUUCAAGCCAUGAUUGAUGAAUUUGAUCUAGAUGAGGAUGGUGAAAUCAAUGAGGAGGAAUUCAUUAGAAUUUGCACCGAAUAA